AUGAAUAAAACUGGGAGGACUUACCAAUUAGGAACUAGGGUUAGAAAAGAGUUUUUGGAGAAGUUGAAAAGGAUUGCUUAUGAGGAAGAGUUGAAGUUGGUGGAAGUAUUGGAACGGGCGUUGGAGUGUUAUGAUGAGAGGAGAGGCAGAGCAAAAAACACUGAUAAGAAAUUUUCUUUUCCUCCGGAGGAAGAAUUAGAAAGAAUUACCAAAUACUUUGCUGACCCCAACUGUAAAGAAAUAAACAUUGGUUUAACGCCAAAUGCUAGUGAAUUGGAUAAGACCAAGUAUGAAAUCUGUCAAUCAAUAUCUCGUUAUAAAAGAGUAAAUAAACUUACCCCAAAAGAACUAGGCAAAAAAAUAGGCAUUAAUCAAGAGAAAACAGAUGAUAUUUUAUUUGGGAGAAUUGGUAAUUUUAAUUUGGAAGAAUUAGUAUCUUAUACCGGAAAACUAAACGGACACUUGAAAGUAAAUAUUGACUAUGACGGUGAACUUACACGACCAGCGAAACAAAAAACCUCCGCAAGAGCCUGA